AUCCACCUGCUUUGAGUGGAGUGAACAUGACGAGGCCUGAUGCACAGGAGAAGGAUGCCGCCAGCAUUCAACGAGCCCUUAAGGAGCUCGGGAAGACAGCUGAUCUAAUGCGGGAACGCGAGAAGAAGAUGGAUGUGUCGCUGCGAUUUCAGGCUGUCGACUCGUCGUCGCUCGAGUCGACUUAUGUCGUGGACCCGGCAAUCACGCGUUGGGGUCCCGACCUCGUUCCGUCAACUGACAUGGCGCCGUGGCCAGCCAGCGUCGUAGAGUCUACUCAGAAAACGUCAACCGUUGUUCCAAUGGGUCUCUUUCCCGAGAUCCAGCACGCGUGGGCAGUCGUCGAUACCACCACGCUCGUGUUGUGGGACUACGUGUCGUCCAAGGAUGGGGUCGUGUCGUGCCCGGUGGUGUCGUCGCCGAUCGUGUCCGCUGGUCUGGUGCUUCCAUUACCAGGCACCCUCUUCAGCGACCAGGUGCAAUACCUCUUGGCAGUCUUGACCGAACGCGACGUUCGGCUCUUCGCCGUGGUCACGGACAAAGCCGCCCCCACAUCGUCCUCCUCUCGACCGCCAUGGAAGGUCAUCGACACGCUCAUGACGGCUCCGCUGGCCAACACCCAGCUGGCCACGUCUCUAGUAUGUACCCCUUCCCGGCGCAUCUUGCUCGGUGGCGUCGAUGGCACCUUGUACGAGUACGCGUACAGCCCCAACAUGCCAUCUGCAGACACCGUGAAAUUCCGCCGCAUCCAGCCGGCGACCACGUCUCCGUGGGCCACGUACCUCCCCAACGUCGUGCGGGACUUGCUGUUUCCAUCGCCGAAUGCCGCCGUCGCCUCGCUUGUGUUGGACACGGCGCGGCGUCUGCUUUACGUGACGUAUGUGCAUUCGAACGUCCUCAGCGUGUACGACAUUCGGUCCGAUAUUGUGCUGGUGUCGUCGGUUAACCUCACGGACCUGGCGCGCCACGCUCUCGGCAACCACGUCGUGCUGGCGCCGGUCGUGGCCAUUGCACCCGUCGAGCCUGCAUCCACCCAGCGCGUGCACGUGGUCGCUCUAACCUCGACCGGCCAGCGCCUUGCCUUGAGCUUUGGCCCAAAUUACACCUUGAAAGCCCUGUACCUUCGCGUACUGCCGCCACCGCCGUCGUCGUUGUCGACAACAACUGCGUUUUCAUCCGGUGGCUUUACCCACAUAGUGGCCCAGCCAAGCGGCGUAUGUCUUCUUGGACACGCCAGCGCGUACCAAUUGCUCGGGCUGGUCGCCGACGCCGCCGCUCCGCCGUCCACUCUGGUCGUGGAAACCGCCUCCACGCUGCCCGUCCGUGGCACCCUACACGCCGUGGUGGCGGCAGCGAUUCCAGCCCCCCUGCCAUCAGCAUUGCCGCCGUCUUCGUCAUCGGUAGGCGUCAAGCGAUCGGCCAACGGGUUGCAGAAACCGUCGUCGCCGCUCGACUUUUUAAAACACUUGGGGUCGUUGGGCUCGCAACUGACGUCGCCGCCGCCACAAUUCCUCGCGGUCUCGUCGGCCGGCGUGCAGAAGUGGACGCAGACUCGCCUCAUUGACCACGUGGACAUGCUGCUCCGGCGGUCGGCGUCCGUCACGCCCGUCGUCGAGUGGUAUGGGGCCCCCUACGUGGCAGCACUCCUCUUUGGCCUCCCCCACAACCCCGCCGCCGCGCACGCCGUGUGCGCGCUGGACGCCAACGACACGGUCCAGGGCCUGGCCCAGUAUGUGGCCCAUCUCCUGGCGCCUCUGUGGGCCACCCCCGUCACGAAACUGCUGCCGUCGUCGUCGACUGCCACCGUCCUCCAAACCGCCCUGGACAAGCUCACAGCGCUCCACCAGUUGGUCAACCAAGUGGUGCCGCUGGCCGUCGCACUCCACACGGACGUGGCGCACCUGCAGCCCCACCACGCGGUCGUGCGGGACCUGCACGCGCUCGUCCGCCGGGUCGCCGACGCCCUCUUUGGAUGGAUCCAGCUCUCAACACUGCUAUGGAAACAAGAGUCCCCGCUGCAGGGUGUUCCUUUUCACGACGUUGUGGGCACGGAUGCCGGCGCGGCCAAGUUCCAAGCGCAGCUGAAGGACCUUGCCAAGAACGUGCCGCGUGUGGUCCCGCAACUGCUGGCGCACUGUGCGUCGUUCUUUUCCGUGUGGGAAGCCGCCCCGUACCAAGGUCUGCAAACCAUCGCCGCUGCCAAGGCGGCGGCAACAUUAGCCGGCCGUGACGCGCUGCUGCAAGAGUCGCUCACCCAGCUCCGCCAACACUGCGCGCAGUGGCUGCCCACCAAGCCUACGCUGCAACUGCUCCGCCAUAUUCUCAAGGAAUACACCGCCGCAUCCUUCUACUACGGCAUGGUCGAGCUCACCGUCGCCGUGGCCCGCGUGUAUACCACGACGACGUCCGCCACGUCCUGUUACGACCUGCUGCUCUCGCUAGCCACGACGACCGAAGCCCAAGAGGCCGUGGCCAAGUAUGCUUGUCAAGCGAACGACGGCGGGGCGCUGGAGGCCGCCGUGCUGGCGUGGCUGCCGGACCUGUCGGUGCUCCAAAGCUGUCCGUGGACACCAACCAUCAAAGCGUUUCUACGAACUAACCACCCCGACUGGUUUGUGCGGCUGAGCAUCCACCACCACGAUGUGGAUGACGCGGCAGAGUACCUGUGGACUCAAGCGCACGACUUGACGUCGAAACGAACCAUCGGCGAACGUUCCGCCCUUCUGGCGCGAGCGCUCCUGUGUGUGCAAGUGACAGGCAAUGCGCAGCACAUUGCCGAUGUCCAAGAUGCUCUGGACGUGUUCAAUAUGCAGACCCGCGUAUAUGAGACGUUGAGACACCAAAAGGUACCUACGGGGGUGCUCGAAGCGCUCCAGUCGUCAAUCUUGAACAUGUCGACGCUGUUCAACGAGUAUGCGAUGCCGUAUGGCCUGCACACCGAGUGCCUCCGCAUUUUACACGCCUGUCAGACCAAUGAGCCUCGGGUCAUUGCGUCCCUGUGGAAGCAACUCAUUUUUGGGUUUAUUCCGCCUUGUACUUCCCCCACAACCCCCGCCGCCGUGUCCCAGUGGCUUCAAGCCCAGCAUAAGGCCCUUAACCAAGACCCUUCGACUGCUUCAUUAGACGGAUCGUUUGAAGACAUGACCUGGGUCGCCAACGUCCGAUCGUACAUGCUCCAGAUGGGCGCGACGCUGCUGCACUCGGGGGCCGACUAUGUGUUCCCUGUCCAAGAGCUCGUGGAAACCCUCGAAACGCUGCACUAUUAUGCACGCCUCGUUGUCAACGACAGCUUGGACUCGACAUGGGUAGCCAAGCUCUUUGUCGACUUGCAGUGCGUAUCGCCUAGCCUACUCGUAAGCAUUUACGUGCAUUUGAAGCACCAAAGCCCCAAGUCGAUGGAAUUGCAUUGGCUAUUGGGGAUGCACGCGAUCGUGGCGACGACGUCGGACCGCCACCCGUUUGCAAACUUGAUUCAUGAACACUUGGACCUCCUCCGACGUUGUUACCCCGACGCUUGCGACCAACUGGUGCGAUGGACGGACUUAUUAAAACGUCUGUAACGCUAAUUUGACGUGGAUGCUUCCUGCAUUGACUUCGUUGUCGCCCCGCUUCCAUACGCGGUCGCGCCCUUUCUUGCCGAGGACCCCCAGCGCCGUCUGCUUUAUCAUAGCCCCGAGGCCUUGGAUGGGGCGGACCACCGCGCCCGCCAUGCCGAGCCCCACGCCUUUGGCAAACCCGCCCCAUCCAUUCCGCUUGGCGCCUCGAAUAGGGUCCAUCACGAUGCCUGUGAUUCCAGAUACCACUCCCUUGGUGAACCUAUCAUUAGACAUGCACACACACACCUCGUGUCAAGGAUAGAAGCUACCGACACAUACACAGUAGCAUCACAUACAAACUUGCAAAAGCCAAUAGCUAUACAUGUCCGACCUAUACGAUACACACACUAACGUUAUGCAGGGCCCGAUACAUCGUCAUCGCACAUACUUCGAAGGAUCAUUCUUCUCGCAUGCCCACCCCCACGAAAGCGAUUUAUGCCAAGCAAAUAGAUUCAUGAGAUAACACAGUGAGAUAGAUCCUGGUCGGCAAACUCGUCGUGUGAUGCAACGAAAACGUGUACAUACCCCUCCCCUGCCGCGACCAUGU